CGGCUCGCGCCUCGCGGCGGCCCUGCGGGCGGCGGGGGCGGCUUUGCGCCGCUCCCCGCGGCCCCCGGCAGCGCGCCGCCAGCGGGCGGCGGCGGCGGCGGCGGCAGUGGCAGUGGCUCCCACAGCCCGAGCGGCAGCACUUCUCUCGGCCCCCACGGCGCGUCGCCGCUCUCCCCGCAGCGCGAGGCCGCGCACGCGUCCCCCGGCGCGCCGCUGCCGCGCCCCGCGCUCUCGCCCGCGCACGCGCUCGCCGCGGCGCGCGCGGCGCGGCGCGGGCGCGACCGCGGCGGGGGGUCCCCGUGGUCGCCCGUCUCUGCGGACGAGCUGCCGCCCGCCGCCGAAAUCGCGGGCCCGGCUGGCAUGAUGACGCCACGCGCGCCGCUGCAGGCGCCCUCUCGCGUGCUCACGCCUGAGCUGCUUGCGUCGGCGUGGCCGCGGCGCAUGCAGGACGCCGCUGAGCUGGCGCUCAGCGAGGGGUGGAGCUCCCUUAGUAGCAGCAGCGUCGGGUUUACAGACAGCGCAGGCGCCGCCGCGGGGGAAGGGGGCGGUGGCGGCGGGCCGGGCAGCGCCGGCGCCACGCCCCAGAGUUGGUGGGCGGCCGUCGCGUAUCAGCAGCAGCGCGCGUCGUCCGCCGCCGCCGGCGACGGCGCGGGGAGCCCGCUGCAGCGCGGAAGCCGGCCGGCGGAGCGCGGGCCGCCGUCGCCGCCCGCCGCGGCGGCGGGCUCCCCCUUGUCGCGCCACCACGCCGCGCAAGGCACCGCCUCUCAGCUCGACGGCUCCCCUGGCUCGCCUCAAGCGGCCUCAAGCGGCCGCAACGGCCCCGCGUUUGAGGGCCCGCAGCCCCUCCCUGCCUGCGUCGGCGUAGCCGCCGCCACCGAAGAGCCUGCUGGGGACGCAGCCGAGGCGGCGGGAACUGCGGCGGCGGCGGCGGCGGCGGCGGGGGGCGCGAGCCCGAGGGCCGCGCUGCUGGGGGACGAGCAGUUGGUGUCGGCCGUGAUUGCCUCGCUGCCCGGCGUCGACGCGGCGUCCGCGCCGGUGGCCGCGGCGCUCGCGGCGCUGCGGCGCACGCGGUUCGCGCCGCCGCCGGGUUGA